CGAUCGCGGGCGGUUCAGUACCUACAUAUUGACCUACAUCGGAAAUUUUUUUGGUAUUUUAAAGACGGAAGUUUAAUAUUGUCAACAGUCUUGUAAUACUGGAAUUCAAAUCAACAUGGAAGGGUAUGGAAUUGGACAAUCUACACAGUAUACAACAUGGUCAACGAAUGUUGUUGCUCCACAGGCAAUGACGAUGACCCACGUGCCCCCACCCUACGAAGACUACACAGGUAGAGCAUUGUUUGCCUUAUUCUGCUGUUGCUGGCCUCUGGGGUUGUGGGCCUUAUUAAAAGCUUCAGAGGCAAAAAAGAGCUAUCAGAUGGGAGACAGUGAGACGGCUCGAUCUCAAGCUGACCAAGCACGACAAUUGACCAACACUUCGAUCGUAGUGGGAGGCCUUUCUUUUGCCCUCACGUUUAUCUUUAUCACGAUGUAUUACGUGAUUAUUCUCAGUUCAUCGUCUGACUGAGGUUCAUGAAAAAACUGUCCAAUAUGUUAUCACGAUACGUAAGAUUACCACUAUAGUAAUUUAUUCAUUAUUUUGUUAGUUCAUUACAAUUAAGAGCAAAGUUUGUGAACGUUUCGUGAACAUGUUUGCAUGAUACAUUAGUUACCAUUGUUGACAUCAAACUGCAUUAGCACUUGCCUGUUAGAGAUCGUAAUAUAAUUUUUGGGAGUUGAUUUUAAUCAACUCUCCUAUGCAGUUACUCAGACAAACCGAAAGUGAAACAGUGUUUGGACCUCAGCACAAAUCAUUGUUGCUGACAAGACUUAGUUCUUGAAAAUAAUUGAUAAAGUCGAUGUAAUGUAUGCUAAAACCUUGUAUUUCAAGGAAACUUAUUUAUAAAUACCUUGAAAAUAGCCAGAUUUUAAAUGGUACGGACAAUUUAAAUAUUUUUUGUAGUCGUAUGUAUUCCUACGCCAGAGUUCAAUAUAGUCUCGUUCAACUCGACACUCAGCUGUCUCCGUAAAUCCUUGUCGGAGAUUUACGGUGUCAGCCGUGCGUUUGGUUGAACGAGACUAGAGUUCAAUAUUGCUUGGAUCCAUACAUUUUUCGAGAAAUAUUUCUAUUACUGAUACAUAACUUGAUUGAAUUAAUUUUUUCUUAAAAUAUUAUUUAACAUGAUUCAUAUGGGUUUUUUUCGACAUUCUUGUCGAAAAAGUCCAAAAAUUCAUAUUAUAAAAAUGUGCGUAAUUCAAAUUAGAAACUACAUGUACUUGUCAUGCAAAAUAACAUUUCAUUGAUUUUAAAAUAAAUCAAAUUCGACAAAUUCAACUCCCGUCAGUUCAUCAGUACUUUGAUUUUAUUUUAUUGUUCGGUUGACUUUUGUGGGUGUAAAAGCUUUGGGACAUGUUUUUAUGUUGAGCAAAAACGUUCAGUACCUUACUAUUCACAACUAAGCAUUCGUCGGAAUCCUAAGUAUAUGUUGAAACAAUCAUGUACCGACUAUCACUUGCAUGUAUUUGUUAUUCUAUCUGAUUUGUCUCUGACUUAUCAGUUUAUAUUUACAUGCUUUUGUUGGCACAGUCAUUGUGUAAAUACAACGUAUAUGGUGUAAUAAAACCAUUUUUGAAACAGUUAUUGUUUUGUGAGUUU